AUGCCAUUAAAUGCAAUCGGGUGGACUUCUGAAAAGGACGAGGCCCUAGCUGACUUAGUGCGGCCCCAUCCUUUGCUCUACAACCUACUUGAUCCGUCGCGGAAGAAUAUAUUGGCCCGAGAAACGACUUGGCAAGAAAUAUCUCAAGUUCUAUUGAAACCAGUUGAAGAGUGUAAAAAACGCUGGCGAGGCCUUCGUGAUAGGUACAUGAGGAGCAUACGUCUGGGUACAACGCACAAGAUGAAAAACGGCAUAUAUGAGAAACUACAAUUCUUGGAUGCAGUGCUUGUUGAUGGUUCAAGUGAACAGGAGGAGAAUUUUGAAGAAGUCACUAUUGAUGAGGAACAAGGAGAAAUUUGUCCAGAACAGCAAGUCAUUACAGACAAUCAGGAAUACUAUGAGAUAACAGUGGUUGAUGCACCAAAACAGGAACAAACCGAUACAAAUUUCUUAAGAGUAAAACCAAAACAGGAAAUAAAAUUUCCAGACCUAACCGGUGAACCACCAAAGAAGAUAGGAAGAAAGAAUGCUGGUAGAAAAAAGACAAUACCAAUGGCAAGAAACCUAACUCCAGUAAAAAUUUUACCAAAACCAAUUAUAACAAAUGAACCUAAAAUAGUUAGAAUAAUAGAGGAGGCUAAAGUUCCUAACCAGAGAUCUCAAGUUAUAGACAAUCUUAUAGAGAAAAUACUGAAAGAGAAUACAAAUGAAAUUGAUGUGUUCUUCAGAAGUAUGGCAGCCAGUGUUAAAAAGUUACAACCUAAUUUAAUUCCUAAAGUCAAAAUGGAAGUUUGCAAUGUGAUAGCUAAGUAUGAAAUGCAAAGUUUUGAUAAAAGUUCACAGAACAAUUGA